AUGAUGAACACGACCAGCAGUAAUUUGGAAACAAGGCCUUCCUUGCUUCAGGAGCUACGUAGCUUCGAGAAAGGUGGCUUCUUCGACUUCGGCCACCCUCUCCUCAACCGCAUCGCUGAGAGCUUUCUUAAGCUGCUGGGGCUGGUUCAUUGCUGCAAUCGACAGAUCGGAGCUAUUCAGGCUGUGUCACGUGAGGCUUAUUUCACAGCCACUGAAGGAGCAGGGCUUGAUUCAAGCGGUGGCGGUAUCCCGCCGGAAAUCUCGGGCAACAGAAAGCAUCGGUUCCCUGACCUCAGAGGUGAAAACAAUACAAAAUCUCUCGAGGCUAUAGUGAAGCAUACCGGAAAGGAAUCUUUGCAAUGGGGGCUGGCUGCAGGGGUGUAUUCAGGUCUCACAUAUGGACUGACAGAGGCUCGUGGGGCGCAUGAUUGGAAAAACAGUGCAGUUGCCGGAGCGAUUACGGGGGUGGCUCUGGCACUCACAUCGGAGGGGUCGUCCCACGAGCAGAUUGUGCAAGGUGCUAUAACUGGAGCUGCCAUAUCCACUGCUGCAAAUCUUCUCUCGGGAAUAUUUUAG